AUGCGCCUAUUGAAGUUGUUCUUUGCUCUCUCCGUAUGCUUCGGAUCCCAUUAUGGAAGCAGUACUCCAGCUACAUCUUCGCUAUCCCUCAUCUACAACGAUCUUUCCAUCAUCGGCCGUAUCAUUAAUGCCAUCGCUCUCCAAGCAGGAUCCAUUCGGAAAGAACUGAAGGCUCGUGACGUCAUCACAGAACUUCUGAAGACUCACGCCGAAAGUUUCGAUGAACUGAUGAAUAUCGAUCCGAAGAAAUUGUUGAAUGAGAUGGAAGGUGUAUUCGAUGCGAGCUCGAAAAUUUUCGAAAACAUGGGAAUAAAUAAGGAGCAGCUGGAAAAAAUUCAAGAAUACAAUGAUGGUCUCAUGAAAACUGCAAAAAUUAAGCUUCCCGACAACCCCGAAAAUUUGACAACAGAGUUCAUGAGAAGAAGUUUCGAAGAGAAGUUGAAACUUUGCGACUCGGAUAUUGUUACACUAAUUACGAAAUUCUACGUUGUAAUGAAUGGAGAUCCUAAAUCUGGUGAAGAAACAACUCGAGCUGUUCAGAGAAAUUUGGAAAGAAUCCAAGAUUGUUUGAAGAAUAUUAAAGACUUCAGAGAAACAAUGAAUUCCACGGAAAGUGUAACCAAUGGCAUUUUACAAAUUUUCAUGUUCAAAGACGUGGUCCUGUUUUACCAGAAAAUAAAUGACAGAUCCAAGGAAUUUCAUCGAGAGAUAAACUUGCUCAAGGGACUGGCCUCAAAUUCCAAAAAGUACUGGAAGACGUCCGAUUCCUCCGAUACGAUUCUCGAUGUUGCGCGUCUUUUGGAGACUAUAUCCGACCAUGAGAACGAGCCGAAACCGAAUCUUUGUGCGGGAUUCCCAGGAGAUGAUGACCUGACAAAGGUUUUGGAAGACGUCAAGAGUCCAUGGUUUCAGAAGGAGAUUUCAAAAGGGAAAAGUACGAAAGACCUUGAGGAAGCACUCGAACCGUUCGGAAAGUUUGCUAGAAAACUGGGAAAACUGCAGAAGAGUUGGACGAGUUUCGAUGAAAAAGUUGGGAUUGAAGAGAAGAUUUUGAAUGCGUUCAGUGAACGGUUGAGAUUCAAUGAAGGCUAUGAGAAUCUGGAUUCUGGAGAAUACUUCCUGAAAAAUGCUGCAAACAGACACAGUUUGACGUGGCAAACUGGUCUAAAAGAAUACGAUAAUAGUGAGAUGGCCCCUAUUGAGAAGAUUAGUAAACCAAUACAGAGCAUCGUAGAUAAUGCAGCAAACAUUCAAAAGUGGUGUGGAAGCAUCUUGAAGAAUUACGACUUAAUAACAGCACAACAUGUUUUGAAUGAGAUUCCCAACUUGGAUUUGUCGUUUUCCGGUUUGGAUGGACAUAGGAAGGCUUUUACGAGUAUUGCUCAUUUUGAUACGCUCAAUUCAUUUUUUGGAGAAUUUGAUUCGUUCCUUGCUUAUCAAUCGGAUAUAGAAAGCCAAUACAUUGAACUGAGAAAAGAUGUGAACCUACCGACAACUGUGGAAGAUAUUGUCAAGUUGUUGAAAGAGUCGCCGUUAAAUCAGAAGCUGAGCGACACCGAUUAUGACAAAGAAGUAUUCGACAGCAUUGUGACGUUUCAUCUGAAUGUGUUGUACUUUACUGAAGAAGAUGUGAAAAAUGAAGUGAGGAGUUUCUUCGAAGUCUUCGAAAAAAUGAGAAACGACUUCUUCAAAUUGGAGACGUUUGUGAAGUCGCUGGGAUCGAAGAAUGAGGAACUUCUCCUCAAAUUUCGAAACUCAACGAAACUAUCAUACACUUUUGGCAGAGGACUUCGCGUGUUUCGAGACAUUUCUCGUUCCUAUCAACUGAAGAAAGAGCUGUUGGAGUCUAAUUCAUACGGUCCGGAAGUUGAUAAAUGGAUUAGUAAUAUUAAGGAUGAACAUAGUCAUGCAGGGUCGUUCUGGGGUGAACCGAAUCGAAAACAAACGAUUGGAAAAUUAGUCAAAGAUUUGGAAGUUCUCGAUAAAACCAUCAAAAAGUUCGUAUCGAAAGACUUUGAAACCCUCCGACAAGCACUGAGCGCGGCGGUCAACGUGACUGGUUUACGUGACUUCGAAUAUGGAUUUCGGGAUAUUAUGGAUCAAUUGUUGAAAUAUCACGAUCCCGAUAAUUUAUUAAACCUUGAAAGUCUUCAGUAUGCUAUUAAUAAUUCUAGAAAAUUGGCUGACUUGGAUCUGGAUUUCUCGUCUCACACGGGAGAUUUACUGGCCGCUUCUUUGAGUUUUGAUAACAUUCGGGAUGAGUUUAAUACAAUGUUUGGGUUGAAUCCUCCGGUGCAUGAGAAGACUAUCAAAGAUGCGUGGCUUAUAGUCAUAAUCAUCUCAGUCUGUGUCUUCCUUCUUCUUGUGAUAGGUGUCAUUUUGAUCUAUGGAUUGACAGAAAAGGGACGGAAUCACUACAAGAAUUUGUACAUGUUCUAUUUUGGAAAACCAGAAGAUUUCGAAAAACGAUGGAGAUACUCGCUAUUCAUGGAUCGUAAAAAUGGAAAGAACGCUCUGAUGGAUGCGACUAGAGAGAUUAAUGCACUGAAUGUAAAGAAGGAAGCGAAACGUGGAGCAUAUAUCAAUGUGUUUACUGAAUUCGGCAACACACCCCUCCACUUGUCUUCUAAACAAGGCUACCCGGAAAUCGUUGAAGUUCUCAUCAAGAACGGAGCUGACCGCACUCUUUUGAAUUAUCAGAAUAGGACACCUGAACGAAUGAUACCGGAGAAUUAUCAGGAGACACACCCAGAGAAAGUGGAGAAGUAUCAAAAAAUCGAGGCAAUUUAUAGCAAGUAUCGAAACAAGAAAUUCCGAAAACGAGUGCCUGAAGUAUUCCCGUCUAGCUCCUUCCAUAUUUAUGUGGAGGAAAAGACAGAUACCGAACUAUCGAAUGAUUUCAUGGAGAAGUUCAAAUCCAUUUCCAGCCCCACGUUAAUCGCCGCGACAACUCAUGUUAUCGUUAAAACUGAUUCAGAAGGUAUCCUCGAAAUUGACGGUUUCGAAUACUUGACAUGGAUAAUGAAUGGAGUGAUUAUAGUGAAGGAAUCGUGGAUGACUGACUGUCUGAAGAAUCCGAAACUCAUUGAGAAAGAUUCAAAAUACUUGGUAGAGAAGGUCAGGUACAAGGGUACUGUAUACGAGACAGUACUCGCAUGGUCGAAGGCAAUGGCUAAAGGAGAAAUGCCUUAUUUGUUUGGGGUUUAUGUUUGUCUUGUGAUGAAAGAACAGAAGAAUGUAUUCCACAUCACCUCGAUUGUCAAUGCUCAAGGUGGUACAAUGUGUAAAGAUUUCCCAGAAAAACAACAUUAUAACAUUGGAUCCCACCCGUAUCUUCAUGCACAUCUCGGACCGCUAUUUCUCAUUUCUGAUGGAUCGACUGACCUCACUCUCUACACAAACGAUCCGGAUAAGAUGUACACAAUCUUUACUGAGGAUGAAUUUGUGCACUUCUUGCUGAAACGAGAGAUCAAUCGGGAUGCUAGACCGAAUCCAAUUAUAGUUUCGAAAGAAGAUGAUUAG